AUGAGGGGCACUGUUUUGUUUGGGGACUGCCAUAGUUCGAAUCUCGAGAGACUUAAAAGUAAGAGAAAAUGGGAACUGAGGCACAGAUCUCCGGUGAUGCUGUGGCGAGAGAGAAAGAGAACGGCGGCGCUCAUGUCCAGUCUACGGCGGAGCUCGACGCCGGAGCUCUGUUUGUGCUUAAAUCCCGAGGAUCAUGGUUGCAUUGUGGGUAUCACUUGACAACAUCCAUAGUGGCUCCGGCGCUACUAAGCCUUCCUUUUGCGCUGAGUGUGCUUGGUUGGGUUGGAGGAAUUAUAAGCCUUCUUGCUUGUGGUUUCCUCACUUUCUAUUCCUACAACCUCUUAUCCAUCGUCUUAGAGCAUCAUGCUACAUGUGGUACUCGUCUACUCAGAUUUCGGGAUAUGGCUACUUUUAUUCUUGGAUCGAAGUGGGGCACGUACUUCGUGGGCCCAAUUCAAUUUGGCGUGUGUUAUGGUGUUGUUGUUUCUGGAAUCGUCCUCGGUGGUCAAAAUCUUAAGUAUAUUUAUGUGGUCUCAAAUCCAGAAGGGACAAUGAAACUAUACCAAUUUAUAAUUAUAUUUGGAGCAUUAAUUCUGUUAUUGGCUCAAGUUCCAUCGUUCCAUUCUCUAAGGCACAUCAACCUUCUCUCUCUUGUUCUCUCUCUAGCUUACAGUGCCUGUGUAACAGCUGCUUCUUUACAUCUAGGUUGUUCCAAGAAUGCCCCUGCAAGAAACUACUCUCUUGAAGGGUCUGAAGUCAGCCAGUUAUUUAAUGCCUUCAAUGGGAUUUCAAUUAUUGCAACUACGUAUGCGUGUGGGAUUCUUCCAGAAAUACAGGCAACUUUAGCAGCCCCAGUGAAAGGCAAGAUGUUCAAAGGGCUAUGCCUUUGUUAUACAGUGAUAGCAGCCACCUUUUUCAGCGUAGCAAUUUCAGGGUAUUGGGCUUUUGGAAAUGAGGCUGAGGGAACCAUUCUUACUAAUUUCAUGGGCCACAAUUUGCUGCCCUCUUGGUUCCUCGUCAUGACCAAUGCCUUCUGCCUCUUGCAAAUCUCAGCUGUCACCGGCGUUUAUUUACAACCAACGAAUGAAGCAUUUGAGAAGAAAUUUGCAGAUCCAACUAAAAGUCAAUUUUCGAUUCGUAACAUGGCACCGAGGUUGAUAUCACGAUCGUUAUCGGUCGUCACUGCCACUAUAUUUGCAGCCAUGGUGCCUUUCUUUGGGGAUCUAAUGGCACUAAUUGGAGCACUGGGGUUCGUUCCUCUUGACUUCAUUAUGCCAAUGGUUUUCUAUAAUGUGACUAUCAAGCCUUCAAAGAGUGGAUAUAUUUUUUGGAUAAACAUUUUAAUUAUAGCAGUUUCAUCAGUACUCGUUGCAGUUGGCGGCGUUGCAUCCAUUCGACAAAUCGUGCUGGAUGCCAAAGCUUAUCGUUUAUUUGCUAACUUGUAAACCAAAUAUAUGUGACUAUAUUAAAUAUUAAAUCGAAUAAACUUUUAUUAUUUUUCUCU